AUGACCGCACACGCCCUUCCAAGCACCACAACCUCCGAGGCCGUAAAGCCAAUCAUGAGCUCAACCGUUACCUCAGUGGACGAGACGGUCACCGACGGUCCCCUCUUCCCCUCCACCCUCAUCUCCCCUGAAGUGAUCUCCCUCUUGCCAACAGACUACACAAUCCGGCCAAUGCGCCGCUCGGACUACUCUCGCGGCUAUCUGGACGUGUUGCGCGUGCUGACAACUGUUGGCGAGAUCACCGAGGAGGCAUGGAACCAGCGGUACGAUUGGAUUACCUCGCGCAAUGAUGAGUACUACAUGCUCGUGGUCUGUGAUGGUGCAGACCGAGUCGUCGGGACUGGCAGUCUGAUUGUUGAGCGCAAGUUCAUCCAUUCGCUCGGUAUGGUCGGGCACAUUGAGGACAUCGCCGUUGAGAAAAAUCAGCAGGGCAAGAAGCUUGGUUUGAGAAUUAUCCAGGCUUUGGAUUUUGUUGCUGCCCAUGUUGGCUGCUACAAGAGCAUUCUUGACUGUUCCGAAGUCAAUGAGGGUUUCUAUGUCAAGUGCGGCUUCAAGCGCGCUGGCCUCGAGAUGGCGCACUAUUACUGA